AUGUCCACCAGGAUCUUACAUUUCAAAUUACAUUUGCAAAAAAAUUCGAAAUUGGUAGAAAUUUGCACACAAUUUAUGUCAUCGUAUGGAUGUGCCAAAUGUACUGAAGGUUAUUACAGAAACUGUUGGACUGUUAUAAAUGCAAUCUUUCAUGUAUUUUGUGUAAUAAAAAUUAACAUUAAAGACUUUAAACCACAAAAUAGCAUAAUUGGAUGUAAUGUUGAUGUUAAACAAUUUGGAUGCACAAAAUGUAAAGACGGUUGUCUUACUCUCAAGUGGAAUAUGUGUGAAACUUUCUCAAAUAUCCAAGUGCAAAGAAAUAAAAAUUCAAAAUGCAACAAAUGUUCAUUCUGGUAUGAAUUUAGUCCAAAUGGGACUUAUCGUGAAAAGAAAGAUGUAUUAGGGGUUAUAAUUGUUAUAAUUCUAUUUAUUAUUUUUGUAUUAUCAAUUCUUGUUAUAGCAUUAGUAUUUUCUAUGAAAAGAAUUUCAAAAAUGAUACACACAAAGGAGUUAGAAAAAACAACAAUUAUAUUCGAAAUUGAAAAAUCAAAUGUCAAAAUUAUUUUACUUGCAAACAACAUUUGCGUCUCUUCAAAAGAACUCAAUUUCAAUUCUAAAAUUGAAAAGAUUCCUGUCAACACAGAAACAAAGAUUGUGUUUUGUGUAGGCUUUAUGUUCAAAAAUGUCUUAAAAAUUUAG